GCUAGGACAUAUGGGUCAGAGCUGGGAGGCUGUGAUUCUGAAGACUGAAGCCUUACAGAGCAGUGAGGGGAGAAGUCCAAGACCUAGAGAGCCAUGGAGUAGGCCAGGGAGCCAGGACCAGAGACUGGAGUUAAAAUGCUUUGAGUAGGGUAGAUUCCUAGUUAUAGCAGAACAUUAUGACUGAUCCAGAGUGGCCCAAAGGUGCUUGACUGUGGCUGUGAUACUCUUAGAGACAAGGAUGGUGUUCCUAAGACCCCCUAGAUGCUACCUGUGGCACUUCUGUGAUUGGUCUGAGUGCCUCUUAUAAUUUACAGAUGUCAUCAUAGUAAUAAUUGCUUGAUAAUUCACUGAAAUAUCCUCUAUGAUAGAGAAUGGAUAAUAAUAAUGAUGGUGGUGGUGACAGCAACGAUGAGGGUGAUGACAGAGAUGAUAUCUGAAGUCCUUUGUGACUUACAAAUGGACUGCUACAAACAUUUUCUUACUUAAGGAAGUUAAAACACACCAACCCUGAGAAAGAGAAAGGGAGUACAAAGCAGGCAGAGCUAGUUUUUGGUGAAUGCAACACUUUUCAUUUGGUAGAAACAAUCAAUCUGGUUUUUAUUUUCCCAACCACACACAGUAAGGAAUUGCCAUUUUUCCAUAUUUAUGAUGAGAUAGUUGACUGUUAUGAGAUAUGAUAUUACUUAUUUUUUAAUGCCAAUUGAAGAUGAGAAGUAAAAAUUGGAAUGUACUCCAACAGAAAUAUAUUUUAGUAACUGACCUCUUUUUUUUUUUGUAUUAAUUUUUUCCUGUAUGUGGCUAUUUUCCCAGAUUUGGAUAUCAGAAACAAAUGAACAGAUGGCUCAAAUUCGUUUAAAAACACAAUCAGCUGAAGUAAAGAGCAAGGCCUUAUUGAAUGAGGAUACGUUAAACUCUGGGAUUAUUGAAAGGGACACUGGAUUGCCUGCUACGGGCUUGGGAGCCAUCUUCACUAGGCACCCACCAGAUCAUCGUAAAAUGUAUCCCUUGUCAACAUACUCUGAAGAAUAUGUUCCACCGUAUGCUUAUCAGACACUUGGUUAUCCCAGCAAAGAUGAUGAUCAUUCAAUAGUGCACAGAAAAUGCCAUUCUCAGUUCACAGAUCUAGAUGGUUCCAAAAGAUUUGGCAUCAACCAUUGGCAUGACGAGAGUGGGAUUUAUGCUAAUUCAUAUGUAAAACAAAAACUCUACCCAUUAACUGGUGGUCCUAUUGUCCCAUUUUUAAAAUAAAGUGUGGAAUCAGAUUCUGUUUCUAGUGAGGGAAUAAUGGAUGUACCCGUUGGUAAUUUUCUGUCCUAAUAAAUGCAAUGAAAAUGUUAGUAUAGUAGGUCUACUCAUCUAGGGGCCACCGGUGUCUGGAACACAGAGGGCACUCAGGGCUGCUGAAGGAGUUAGCAUGAGGAUGUCUGUCAUAAUCAUAUGCUGGUGUGAAUGACUGCAGGGGUAAUUUAUGAAGAAUGUAAUCCAUAUUAUCAUAUUGGCUUUGGUUAAAAAGACAGAUAAUUAGCAUGUUUGUAUUACUGAGGACUCCACUGGUAAUCUUGGCAAAUAUGAGGAGUUGGCAAAAUUGGUCCAAGAGAUUUUUAUGUCCUGUAGAGCAAGCUUGAGGAGCCCUGGUGGCACAGUGGUUAAGCACUUGACUGUUAACUGAAAGGUUGGUGAUCCGAACUCAUCUGGUGGUUCCAUGGGAGAAAGACCUGGUGAUCUGCUCCUGUAAAGAUUACAGCCUAGGAAACCCCAUGAGUCAGUUCAACUCUGUCUCAUGGGGUCUCUAUGAGUCAAAGUUGACUUGACGGGACUCAGGAAUAGUAACAGAGCAAGCCUGAAUUUUCCAGAACAUCCAUUGAUUUGACUGAAAUCCUCCUUUAAGUAAAAUAAUGUUUGCUUGUAAACCAGAGCACCCACCAGAACAAACACUGUUCAUGUCCAAGAGAUGGUGAAAGUUUAACAGUAUAGCUCAACAGCUAUGAUAUAAACAGCUCCUAAGACUGAGGACUGGAGGGAUGGCUUG